AUGGCAGGACCGCUAGGCGUUCGUCUUGUCAAUCCUUAUGAGCAGAAAGAGCAACAGACAAUUCAAAGCUACGGAGAACCUGCUCAGAAUCCUCACCAUCGUAAUGCUGUACGCCAGAGCUUCGGCCCAGGCGACCCGCUGUUUUCCGCACCCCAGCAAGCAGCCUCGCAGCGUCCCGAUUACGUCCCUCGGCCUCCCCCUUCGCCUCGACCCGCCUUCUGGGACGAUUCGACGCAGCCGCGCACGCCUUCAACACCACCGUCGCAACCUACUCCGCGGACCACAUCGACUUCGUUCACAAGAUCAGGCAUGCAUGGCCGUCCGCAAAGUAUGCCCAUGCCAGCUCCAACGCAUGGCGAACCAGGACACCAGCCCGAUGACUGCCCAGGCUGUCGUGCAGACAUGGACGAUGCCAUCAGAGCAUCGCUGCAUUCGGCAAAACAGGAAGAUGAGAAGCGGCAAAGGGAGGUGCAAGAGCAAGAGGAGCUUCGAAGAGUCUACGCCGCCAACGACGAAGAGAAUCAUCGCCGACGUCGUCUCGCCGAGGAAGAGGAGGAGAGCUUGCAAAGAGCCAUCCAAGAUAGCCGUCGUGAUGCCGAAGAAGAAGCGCGGCGCAGCAAGGACCGCGAGGCGCGAAUGCUGGAAGAAUCGAGACGGGACGCUCACCGUCAACGCGAGCAGAAUGAUAAGCUCGAAGCGGAGAUGCUCGAGGCCGCCAAGCUCGCCUCGGCGGCUCAGGACAGGCAAAGGCGCAAAGAAUUGGAUGCAAUGCAAGAGGCUGAACAGAAAGCGCUGGAGCUCAGUCUACGAGAGCAGGAAGAAGAGUGGGAACGACGGGAGAGUGCCGAGCGAUCUCUUUGGGAGUUUCUCGAAUCGAGAAACCGAAUCGAUCGAUCCGCGACACCUAUGUCGGCGAACUUUGACAGUGGCUUCGGUUCAAGGCCGCCAUCACCUGUCCCGCAACCAUCUUUGUCCCCCGCCGCGGUCGACCCCUUCGAUCCCCACGAUCUUGACGCCGAGUAUUGGCGUUUUGCUGGUCACGGCGAAGCUUAUCAACUAGCUCUUCAGAUGAACCAACCGACGCUCGCCGAAGAUGUUGUACACGCCGCAGGCAGCGUGUCUACACCGCGAACACAUCGACCCCUCCCACCCACACCAGAAACAUCAAAGCGUAGCGAGGAAGCGUCCGACGAAUUGGGCGGAACAGUUCGCAAACAGGAUCGCCUGACUGCGCCGUCCCAGCCCGCAGCUCUGCAUGCCGAUUCAGACGACGCGCCUCCGGCAUACGCUGAAGCGACACAGGCUGGUCCGUCAAACGAUGUCGCUUCUUACGCCGCUGCGUCCCCCGUAGAGAAACAGGAUUUCCCUGCUCGCUACGACACAGUCACUCUCGAAGCUCUCAACCGACCCGUCUUGCAGCAUCGAUCAUCGUCCUCGAGCUCAGCACAUAGCCAAUCGCAGAACAGUCCCAUCAUGAGCUCGCCAAGACAGAGCUUUACGAGCUCCUCUCAUCCAGGCAAAGGCUCUUCGACGCCAAUACCCAGCAGCGAAGUCUCUUCUGCUCCCCCGCACCCUGCUGAAUCUUCACCUUCGAUUCCGCAACGAGGAAGCUCGCACUCGACGCCGUCGUCCAAGCGCUUUAGUGCCUCUGCAACUUCGUUGACCUCGGAACAUCGGGGAAAGCGAGCGUUGGCGGGAGUCGAUUUUGGAUAUGGCAACCUUCCUUUUGCGCCAAAACUCGACCAAGGACGGCCUUUUGCCCGACCUGCGUCGGCAUCAACAUCGGCGUCGCCAAACAAAUCCACUUUCCCUACUACUAUCGAGCUGUCGCACAUCACCAAGAAUACAGGCCCCGACGCUGGCCUCUCGGGUUGUAGCUUCUUCAUCCUUCGCGCUCACUCAUGGAAAAGUCUGCUACGAGCCAUCGCCUGGUACGGAAACAGCCGUGUCGAAGCUUCACCGUCACAGGUCGCGGCCGCCAGCGAUAGACGUACCCGCUGCCUUUUGCGAGCUGAAGUCGAAUUCGUGACGCCGACGCGGGUGGACAUCGGCCAUGUGGGACACUAUGCUAAAGCGGCGCAAAGCAAAGGCAGCAUGCCGACGAACCCGUCCCCUGCGCACGUUUCGCUGUGCCUUUCGCUGAUGCCGACCUCAUCUGCCAAGUCUGGCGAAGCAAGUGCGUGGCUCAAGUCGGAAGAAUACCAGAUCAUCAAGCGAGAAUCGAGACGUCUGGAUGCGUGGUACGCUGGCAAAGGCUCCACACGACGUCUCGUUCAGCUCGCUCGUCAACCGCCUGCUAUGCCAGUAGCUGUGGUGCAGAUCGCACAGCUGCUUCAUGCUUCUCAUACUUUCAGUGCAGCGUGUCCCUCGUCUGGUUCCACGGCACGUCACUCGCCGCGCGACCUGCAUCACGCGAUUGAACGGCAUGACGAGGGCUAUGUACGCAAGCAGCAGGCUAUGCUCUCCGCCGGCUCCGCACUCGCCUCGAAUGUUGGCGAUACUCCGCGCCUCAGCUUGCAAACCCCGCCUCAAACGUCAGGUUCCAACGAUCCGAGAGGAGGGGCCGAUACGAACGACCUCGACGACGAUGAUGACGAUGACGAAGUCGACUUCAAUGAUUUCAGCCUUCUUGCCGAUGGAUCAUUCGAUGCUCAAGACCAGGUACUGAUGGGAAAGCGUCAGAGACUCAAAGCCAAGGUCAAGCGUCGACUCGCAAAGCGUGCAUCGGACGGUAGGGUCGUAGACGAGGAUCUGGCUGCUUGGAUCACUCCAUUUGACCUUUCCGAACGUGAAUAG